GGUAUAAAUAAUAAAUAUGUGUGUUGUAUCAAAAUAAAACGGUAACUCUAAUUAGAGAACAAACCAGUGAUCCUUACUCCUUACGUUGCAUGUUGUUACUCUAUCUGCAUUGACAAAAUUAAGCACAAUCCUUUGUUCUUGUUCGUUGGGUCAGAUUCAUCCUUUGCUGCCAUGGUCAUAGAAUUGGUUUGUGGUGCUCUUCUUUCUUCUUUCUUUCAGGUGCUAUUUGAUAGGCUCCUUUCUCGCCAUGUUUUGGCCUACUUUGUUGGAAGUGAAGAAGCUGAGAUGCUGCUGAACAAAUUGAAGGCGAACUUGUUGUCCAUCAAUGCUGUGGUUGAUGAUGCGGAACAAAAGCAGUUCAGUAAUUCAUACGUGAAAGCAUGGCUCGAUGAAGUUAAAGAUGCCUUGUUUGAUGCCGAGGAUUUGCUCGAUGAGAUGGACUAUGAAGCCUCCAAAUACAAGGUGAAAGAAGUAAGCAAAUUUAAAUUAAGGAUCAAUCAAGUCCUUCAUAACCUAGAAGUUCUCUCAAGCCAGAGAGAUCUUCUUGGUUUGAAAAAUGCUGGUGGUGUUGAGGUUGGAUCAGGGUCGAAUAGUAAAGUGUCACAAAAAUUGCCAUCAACAUCUUUGGCAAUUCAAAGUGUUAUUUAUGGCAGAGAUACUGAGAAAGAUAUUAUCUUUAAUUGGCUCAAACCUGAUAAUGCUAAUCACCUAUCAAUACUUUCUAUUGUGGGUAUGGGCGGGGUAGGUAAGACCACACUUGUCCAACAUGUAUACAAUGAUCCAAGGGUGAAGGAUGCUAAAUUUAGUAUCAAAGCUUGGGUCUGUAUUUCAGAUAAUUUUGAUGUUUUGAACGUAUCUAGAUCAAUUCUUGAGGGAGUCACUAAAUCAAAAGAUCAUAGUGGGGACCUAGAAAUGAUUCAUGGAAGACUGAAAAAAAAACUGGUAGGGAAGAAAUUUCUUCUUGUUUUAGAUGACGUUUGGAAUGAAAGACGAGAUAAAUGGGAAGUUGUGCAAACUCCUCUUAAUUGUGGGGCUAAGGGAAGUGUAAUUCUUGUCACGACACGCAGUGAGAAAGUUGCUUCUACAAUGCGGUCAGAUAAAGUGCAUCACCUAAAGCAAUUGCGAGAAGAUUAUUGUUGGGAAGUUUUUGCUGAUCAUGCAUUGCAACAUGAUAAUGUUCGGUUGAAUGUUGAACUGAAGAAGAUUGGUGUGAAGAUAGUUGAAAAGUGCAAAGGAUUACCUUUGGCCUUGAAAACAAUCGGAAGUCUUCUACACACAAAGUCAUCCAUUUCAGAAUGGGAAAGAGUGCUGACAAGCAAGAUAUGGGACUUACCCAAAGAAGAUGGUGAAAUUAUACCUGCUUUAUCAUUAAGCUAUCAUAACCUUCCAUCUCAUCUCAAGAGAUGUUUUGCUUAUUGUGCUUUAUUCCCGAAAGAUUAUGUGUUUGUCCAGAAGAAUCUAAUUCAAUUGUGGAUGACUGAAAAUUUUCUACAAUGCCCUCAACAGAGCAAGACUCCAGAAGAAAUUGGCAAACAAUACUUUGAUGACCUAUUAGCAAGAUGCUUCUUUGAAAAAUCAAGCAAACAUGAAACAGGUUUUAUCAUGCAUGACCUUCUCAAUGAUUUGGCAAAAUAUGUUUGUGGAGACUUUUGUUUCAGGUUAGGAGUUGAUAAAGCAGGAAGAAUACCAAAAACAACCCGUCAUUUUUCAUUUCCAAUCAAUCACAAUUCAAACUUCGAUGGGUUUGAGAGUUUAAAUGAUGCUAAAAGGUUACGUACAUUUAUGCCAACAGUGACAGGACUCAAUUCUUGCUCUUGGAGUUACAAGGGGUCAAUAAUAUGUGAGUUGUCGUCCAAGUUUAAAUUUUUACGCCACUUAUCUUUGUCUUACUAUUGUAACCUUAAAAAGGUGCCUGACUCUAUAAAAAAUUUUAAACAUCUUCGUUCCUUAGACCUUUCCGGUACCAACAUAAAAAUAUUACCAGAUUCAAUAUGUUCCCUUUAUAACUUGCAAAUACUGAAGCUGAACUCUUGUCCCCGUUUGGAGGAGUUGCCCAAGAAUUUGAAUAAACUCAUCAAUUUGCGUCACCUGGAAUUUAUAGAUACUAAUGUGAGAGGCUUGCCGGUGCAUUUUGAAAACUUGAAGAAUCUUCUAGUGUUGAGUUCAUUUUAUGUUGGCAAAAGUAGCAAGUGCGGUAUUCAGCAACUAGGAGAACUCAAUCUUCAUGGAAGGCUAUCAAUUGGGCAGCUGCAAAAUAUUGAAGAUCCCUCUUAUGCAUUAGCAGCAUAUUUGAAAAACAAACCACACCUUGUGGAGCUAGCAUUAGAUUGGAAUCAAGAUUGGAAGCUGAAUGAUUCAAGGAAAGAAAAUGAAGUGCUGGAGAAUCUACAACCUUCCAAACACUUGGAGAAGUUGUCAAUCAGCAACUAUGGUGGAACAGGAUUUCCAAGUUGGUUAAUCAUUUUAUCGAGAGUGGUGUCCUUAAGCUUGGUCAACUGUAAAAAAUGCACAUGUAUUCCUCCCCUUGGACUUUUGCCAUCUCUCAAAGACCUAACAAUUAUUGGACUUGAUAAGAUAAUGGUUAUUGAUGCUGCAUUUUAUGGAAGUAGCUCUUCGUCAUUUACAUCCUUGGAAUCGCUGAAGUUCUCCGAUAUGAUGGAAUGGGAAACAUGGGAACUUAAUGCUACAGCAGGUGCUUUUCCACGCCUUCAACAUCUUUCUAUAAAAGAAUGUCCCAAGUUGAAAGGGGAGCUACCAAAGCAGCUUCUUAGUUUGAAGACACUAAAUAUUUCUUGCUGUAGAAAACUUGUGGCUUCGGCUCCCAAAGCUCCAAAAAUUCAUGACUUAGAACUAGAAAACUGCGGAAAGCUGAAAUUUGAUUAUCAUCCCGCCACUUUGAAAAGGCUCACCAUUGUUGGACAAGACAUGGAAGAAUCAUUGCUUGUUAGCAUUGAGCAAAUGAUACCUGAAUCUUCUCUUGAAUACUUGAGCAUUUUUAAUUGUCCGGAUAUGAAUAUUUCCAUGGGUCGUUGCUACCAUUUGCUUGAAACAUUGGAAAUCAAAGAUGGUAGUGACUCUCUAAGGACCUUUCAGCUAGAUAACUUCCCAAAACUCUGUAAGCUUUAUCUCAAGUGUCGUUAUCUACAAAAAAUCUCACAAACGCGCUGUCAUAAUCAUCUCAGGGAUCUUCAAAUUUGUGGGCACCAUUCUUCUGAAUUGAAUUUGGAAAAUCCGUUUGCAUCAGUUGCCACUGAAGCACUAUUUCCCAGUGAAGGAUUGUCUGCACCCUCCCUAAAGAGACUUAGUAUUCAAAGAUUGGAGAAUUUGAAACUAUUGCCUCAACGCAUGCAGGUGCUCCUUCAAUCUCUUGAUGAGCUAGGCAUAGAAGAUUGUCCAAAUGUUGAGUUGUUACCUGAUGGAGGUUUGCCAUCAAAUCUAAAAAGGAUGGAUCUGUCAAAUUGCUCCAAACUUAUUGCCUCACUGAAAGGGGCUUUGAGACACAACACCUCUCUAGAAGUCUUGUUUAUUGAAAGAGUGGAUGUGAAGUUUUUCCCUGGUGAUGUUUUUCUGCCACUCUCUCUUACUUCUUUAUACAUCUAUGGUUGUCCAUAUCUUAAACAAUUAGACAACAAGGGUCUCUGCCACCUGUCCUCUCUUACUUCUCUAUACAUCUAUGGUUGUCCAUAUCUUAAACAAUUAGACUACAAGGGUCUCUGCCACCUGUCCUCUCUCAAGAAAUUGAUUCUUCGUGAUUGCCACUUCCUAAACUGCUUGCCAAAAGAGGGUCUGCCUAAAUCCAUUUCAACUCUUGAAAUUUUGGGCAAUUGUGGGAUGCUCAACCAGCGUUGCCAGAAACCAAAAGGCGAAGAUUGGGGAAAGAUUAAUCACAUUGAAAAUGUAAAGGUUGAUAUACCUCAAUCGGAAUUACACACGCACCAAUUCCCAUUCAUUUAACUUUUCAUCAGGAAAUUCUAUUACUAACAUUCACGGUUAAAUUGCAACCAAAUGUGUUGCUUACAAUUGUGACACUGGGAAAAUGGUGCAGCGAAGUGUGAGAAUUCUAGCAUCCUUGGAGUUAUGGUGGUUUCAUCUUUCCUUUAUAGCCUAUUAGCAGGAUCAUAAAACACAGUUUUGGAGCAGCAUAUUAUUGCCAGCCACUAUUGUGUCUGUUAGAUUUAACAUUGGAAUGUGAGAUUUAACUAUAUUUUUAAAGAUUGAAGAAAUUGUACAUGCCACUAAAGAGCUUUGGUGGUACAUGAUUUCAAAUUUGGUUUGGACUUUGGAGACGAUUCAUUAUCCAAUGUGAAGUCCUUGAAGUUUAGCAACUUUAAAAGUUGUGUCUUGUUGCCUCCCUUGGACUCUUGCUGUCUUUUAAGCCAUCAAUAAUAUGGCUUGAUGGGAAAUUGAUUCUUGGUUCUGAGUUUCAUGGAGUAAAGAAAGUAGUUCCUCUUCUUUUAUUUCAUUUGCAUACUUGGAAACCUUGGUUUCAUGGAAAAAAUAAUGCGAAUAGCCUUUCCACAUCUUCGAUAUGUGUAUAGUGAAACAUUGGAUAAUUUAAAAUCAUCAUCCAAUGGCAUGCACAAACUACUACAAUUCUUGUACUGCUAGAUACAUAAUCUUAUCCACAGCUGGAGGUACAGUUUUUA